AUAAAUAAACUUGACUAUGACUAUAUACAAAUAUUUAUACAUAAUUAAGCAAUUGAACUGAGUCAAAAGCCUGAGAUUGUAAGGCUGUAUAAAUAUGUGAAUAAAUAUAAAUGGUAACACUAGCCAUUACAUAACUCAUAUGUGUAGGCCUAUAUGUAGUGCUCAAUAAGGUCUGUAGUAAGUGGCAUUACACAUUUAGUAUAGGUCUUUAUUCAACAAUUUCUUAUUCUUACUCAAUAGGUGAAUUAUUAUUGGUUAAUUCUGAAUAGGCAACUAGUUGGUCUUAAUCUAAGUUUAUUAAUACGGAGUAUGGAUCAAAAUAGAAAAUCUAGAGCCUUCUAAUACAUUGUCUAAAUAUGUUAUUCUGUCAGUAAAAGUCACAUAUUCAGACAGUGAACUAGGAAUCUAUAUAGUCCUACCAGUAACCUUAGAUCAAGAUCAAUUGGUUGCUUAUUAAGGAUUUACAAAGAUUAAAUCACGUAUUAAUUACGAGUAAGAAAUUGUUCAAUAAAGACAUAAUACAGACCUUGUUGCUCUAAUUGCUACAUACAUAUCACACACAUUAACACUUUAAUGGCAUAUAAUUAAUAACGUGUUUGCUAAAAUAAAGUGUUACUAUAUUGGUAGGCCUACUAUGAAUAUAUAUUUAUAUCUGUUCAUAUUUGUCUUUAUGUUAAACUUUAUUCAACAUAAGUUAUGCAGUUAUGUGCAAGAAAAUUGCCGGAUGACCUUAUAUGGGUUUGCGCUGGCAAGAAGGGCUGGAAUCUCCGAGUGAGUCACGAGCUCCAGUCGGGGGCUGCACGCAGCCAUGCAUUGGGAAACGUAGCUGUCCUCGCGUUGACUCUCAUCUCCGCGAUUUCAGGUGAAAAUGAUCCACCUCCGGCGCAGAAUGUAGCGUGGUCUUCCUAUAACUUCAAGACAAUUUUAACUUGGAGCCCCAAACCUACAAAUUACUCUUACAGCGUGCAGUACUCAAGACUGAGCGAGGACAAGACCAUGCACUGCAUCCGCACACGGGAGACGGAGUGUGACCUGACCGAUAAGCUGGAGAACCUGAGGAGCACCUACACUGCUGACGUGAUCUCCGAGCCCCUGCCCUCAGCCAAAACAGACUUCGUGGAGCUCCCAUACGCCUCAGCACCUCACUUCUGCCCCUAUAAAGAAACAAAAAUAGGAAGUCCGAAGUUUAAGGUGAUUCAGAACGAGGACACGACUAAGAUGGAGGUCCACGUCCAAGAUCCCCUGACGGCCAUAAAGAGAAAUGGGCGCCCGGUAAACAUCCGAGAGAUCUUCACGAGUGACCUGAUGUACAAAGUCCAGUACAGCAAAGCUGGAAGCACAGGAAAAAGCAAGACCCAGAACCACAGUAAUGUGGUGAAGAUUAAGAAGCUAGAGAGGGGCGUGAGCUACUGCUUCACUGUGGCUGCGUACAUCAAAUCCCGCAAACCGCAACAUCAGAUGGGUGCAUGGUCCAUUCCCGUCUGUUGGCCUCCAAAGACAGCAUCUUUCUUUGAGGAGAUCAGCUGGUACGUGUUGGCAGGAGGGGCCACCAUCCUUCUCUUCAUCCUUAUUCUCCUCAUCAUCAUGAUUGUUCUGUGCUGCAAGAGGGCCCGGCUCUCCAAGCAGGUGAAGAUCGAAGCAGCGUCUGGGACGACGACGACUACUGUAUAGAACGCAUCGCUGGGGAUGAAUCCAAGUCCCGGGACAUUUGUACAGCACUUUGCGGAGUGUGGCUGGUCCACACUCCUCUCUUUGGUAUUUUUUUAAAGAUAUAUUUGCUUUUAUAUGUUAUUUAUUUAUUUAAUAUUUUUUUUGUGAAAUAUAAUUUAUUGAUGAAAAUCAGCUAUAUGUUCCAGUAUUUUUGUAGUGUUUUGUAUGAUGUUAAAAGUUUUGCACUAUUAAAACGUAUGUGACUGGUACCACCA